GAUUCUGAACUGAAGCGUUUACAAUGGGGUCGCGCAGUGUUCAGACCGCGCUUUCGCUCGCUUUGAUUUUACUUAUGCAGCUCCACGGCGCUUUUGGAUGGAACUGGCCGGAUCAGCCGGUUUAUAAACCAGUGCUAUUUACCGCGCCGAGAGCGGUAUUUCAGGCGAAGCCCGCCCCUCUCGCCGUGCAGAGAGCUGACCUGUCGCUGUUGAAUUCUGUCACCCUGGACUGCAGGAAAGACGCCAUCGUCGUGACCGUGAACCGGGACUUGUUUGGGAUCGGCUACCUGGUGAGCAGCGCCGACUUGAGCGUGGGGUCAGCGGGCUGCUCGGCCACCUCCUCCGACAGCGUCGCCAACACGGUUUUGUUCAGCAUCCAGCUCCAGGACUGCGGCAGCACUUUCCAGGUGUUCCCAGACUUCCUGAGCUACACAAACCAUCUCUAUUACAAGCCUGCCAGCGUUGGCAUCAUCACCAGGGUUAAUAUGGCUAAUAUCAGAACUUGGCAUUUGUCUUCUGUAAAGACCAGCUUCUCUUGUAUUGGAUGUUGAAGUGUCUUUCAAAUCAUUUUUUAACCUUCAUGCCCUAUCCCGUGGGUGUUCAAUCAGUCCUGGAGGGCCAUUCCAUUUUUAACAGGUAAAACAGGGUCUGGGGGAGGUUUGAUUAAACAAUUCAGAAUGGGGUUGGAACAAAGAGCAGGAGUGGAAGGGCCAGUGUUGGGCACCCUGCCCUGUCGCUGUUUCUUGUUGGAUAUCCUGUGUUUUUGCUCCAUUGGGCGUGUCUUCAGAUUCUGUAGUCCUCAAAACUGAACAAAGAUUUGAUGUUUAGUCUAAAUUUGAAUUUUAUUUUUUACCCACAGGUGAUAUGCAAUAAAGUGUUUGGAGCAGGGGUGGCUAAGGUUGUUCCUGUCACUGUUGGUCUUGUUCCAAUCAUGUACUGAUCUGUAAUUGAAUGAAUUAAACCUCCAUCCAGACCCUGGAGUAGUUAAUCUUAACUCUGGAGUGGAAGGGUCCCCCAGGACUGAUUGGACACCCCUGGCAUGGUGGGUUCAUGCAGCUGUUUGUUACCUGAGCACAAUUCUCUGCCAGAUCCCAGAGGAUCACUCCAGUUAACUCUAGUCUUAAGAUUUGGUAGUGCUUUUCUUUGCUGUAGUUCAGAGUAGAGGUGUUUUGUAUAGCGUGCUUAACCCUUUAAGGUCCAAGCCUCAAGUCAGAUGCUUACCUAGGACCAGAGUUUUUUGGUUGUACUGUAGCAUCUUGGGAUUGGGUGGGUUGUGUUUUUUACAUUCUAAAGUACUUCAUUUGUUCAACACUAGUGUUAAAAUGUCAUGUGUUCUCUGCUUGGAGAUGCAUUUAUAAUGUGGUCUUGUCUGACCUGAGGGACAUUGCAGUACUUCCUGACAGUUUUGUUGAAACAAUAUUGAUUGGGCAGAAAACAAGACCUUGCUUUUACCAGAGUGAUUGCAAUGUCAUAAUAUAUACUGUGGGGGGGGAGGGGAGGGUCUUCAUAAGCAGUAAUGGACUUUAGGGUGUGUGUUGGUUUGCUUUUUUUUUUUUUUUGUUUAAAUCUCAAAAUAACACUACUUGAUUUCAUUAUCGGUAAUAAAAGAUGUAGCUGAUUCAGUUAAUGAUACAUUAAUCUGCUUAUAGCCACUCAUUUCUUGAUAUUAAUGUUGUAAAUGUGAUGCAGAAUAACACAUUGUUUAUUACCAAAAUAAUUAAAUCCAAUUUCCUGUAAUUGUUCUGUGUGCUGCUGUAAACUCUCUCCACCCUUUUAAAAGUUAAAUACCUGUCCUCGGACAGUGAAAUUCAAUCCCUCCCCUUUCCAAUGAUGGUGGUUUUACAACCUGUACAGCAAAGCAUUGUGGCCCAGCAAGUCAAAGAAAUGAAGUGUUGGUACGUCUCCGCAUGUCUCCUCACUCUCACGUGAUUUUCACACUCGCACACGUGGUGCGCUUGCGUGUUGGUAGACACAGACGGCUGCUGUAUUUUCAGCAGUUUUAAUCUUAUCACUUAAAUACUGCAGCAAUGAUCUUAAUAUUCAUAUUGAACUAAGCUACAAUAUUUUCUCAUUAAAACUUGUCCUUUGAAA